AUGUAUGUUUACAGGGACAGAGAGAGGAAAGUGGCCAGAUACAAUGAGUUUCGUAGGGCCCUCCUACUGAUUCCCAUUUCUAAAUGGGAAGAUCUGACGGAUGAUGAUGAAGCAAUUCAAGCACUGGAAGAAGUCUACGGUGAUGAUGUGGAAGAGCUUGACCUGCUAGUAGGGCUCAUGGCAGAGAAGAAAAUCAAGGGGUUUGCCAUCAGUGAAACAGCCUUUAUCAUAUUCCUUAUAAUGGCAUCAAGGAGGCUAGAAGCAGAUAGAUUUUUCACGAGUAAUUUCAAUGAGGAGACAUACACAAAGAAGGGUUUUGAAUGGGUUAACACCACAGAGAGCCUCAAACAAGUAUUAGAUCGACAUUACCCCGAGAUGAUAGAGAAAUGGAUGAACUCCGCUAGUGCAUUCACAGUGUGGGACUCUCCGCCAAACCCUCACAAUCCCGUGCCACUCUAUCUUCGUGUUCCUCAUUGA